AUGUAUUUGCUAUUCUUUGUGUCCCGUCUACGUGUGGAGUCUCGCACCAAGACGCCUGUCAUUUACCUCCGUUACAAGGCAGCGUCGGAUGCGUGCGAAGGCGUGGACUUCAACGAGCAGUUGCUUAAUGCUUUCUGCUUUCCGCUGGGACCUGAAGCUGUUCAACCGAAAGAAGUGCAGGCCCCGGAGGAGUACACGUUCGCCCUUACACACAAUGAUGGACAGAGGUUCACCGGCUUUUGCCGCCAGAUUUUCCCACCAGCACCUCGGGUUGGCAGCAGGGCCCGGUACCCACAGGUCCUGUGCAUAGUCGCGAAACACCCGUGGUUGACUGUGCCCAAUAUCCAUGGGCUGUCAGGCGUUAGCCCACCGCGUUACAUGGGCGGGGGCAGCACGGGCGAGUCACUCAACUGGGGGAAUGACCGUAUCGAGCUGCAAGUCCCGCCGGACUGUGGGAAUGGAAAAGACAACUCCGGCAUCCCCUUGGCGCGAUUACUAUUCCACGUGCCUGUGGAGGGCAUGCUAACGCUUGUGGCCAGCCUUCUGCUGGAACGGCGGAUCGUAUUUGUGGCACGAUCUCGUGACACCGUGACGGCCGCGGUGCAGGCUGCGCAAGCGCUCAUCUACCCGUUCAGAUGGCACCACAUCUACCUGCCAAUCCUGCCGCGCUACCUGGUGGACUACUUAUCAGCGCCGAUGCCAUUUUUGGUGGGGCUAACCCAGGAGAUGCUGCCGCUAAUACGGCACAUCCCAAUGUCCGAGGUGACCACGGUGGACCUAGACUUGCAAAAGUUGGGCGCUGCUCUGGAGGCGGUGUUCAAGACGGUGCGGAGCCCGACGGAGUACGAGAGUAGCCCGCUUAUUACGGGCGUCAUGCAGGAGUACUUCGUCCGCUUGUUCGGGUCCUACCGGCGAUAUAUUCACGAGCAGACCCCCGAGCCAUUGACUCGUGGACUGCUGUCUUCGGCGGCAGCGCCAGGGCAGCUGACGUCCAGGGGCGGCGGUUGCAGGGAGAUCGGCCGCGGUUACAAGGAGUCUCGUGAGGGUCGAGGGAGCGGUGGCCAUGGCCAUAGCGGUGGCAGCGACAGCGCCCCGUCGCCUCAGGCGCCAGUUGGCACCAGCCGCUUGCAUGACGAUAUGCUGAGGGGCCACGGCUACUACUUUGACCAGCCUGCCUUUGUGGCGCAUAGGCGCAGCGAGGCAGUGCGCGCAUUCUUAAACUCCAUGCGCCACAGUCAGCUAUAUGAGAUGUUCGUCCAGGAACGCCUUGCCAUGGCUGCGUCGGGCGCCAUAGAGCUGACCAGCGGCGGCAGCAGCAGCGGCCACAGCUUUUCCUGUGCGGGAGGCAGCAUUGGCAACCGCUUGCGCAGGUCCCUGAUGAGCAAGAGCAAUAGCGCCAACAACUUGGCAGUACUGGACAACUCAUCGCAGGGAGGCUACUUGACCGGGUCGAUUCAUGUGUCAGACCUCACUUGCCUCCGCGAGAGCGGUGGCGGUGGUGAAAGCACCAACGGCGCUUCAUCCGCUGGCGCCCCGCCCUGUGCGGCCGACCCCUUCGAGCUUCGGGUGGAGCGCUAUCCAGAGCGUAAGCGGCUACUUCGCGAACAUUUACGCAGCCUUAUAGGCGAGGCCGCCGCGGCGGGUGGUGGUGGUGGUGGAAAGCUGGCGAGCAAGCUGCGGCGGCACCGGCGGACGGACAGCGAAGACCUUAUUUCCCAGCCGCAUGCCCAGCCGUUUGGGCCGCUCCAUGUCGGCGAGAGCAUUCGGCGGAUAACGACAUACCCAGGACUGGUCGAUGUUUCAAAUCCAACACCCGAGGACCCGUUCAGCUACUUCGCUGAGUGGGACUUGCGUGAGGACGACGAUAAUGCGUCCGGGAGUCCUAGUCCCAGCCCCCGAGAUCGGGAGCACAAGCGCAGCGAGAGCGGCAAUAGUCUCCAUUCCGUGGACUUCACGGAGAUCGCCGGCGCCAAUGGCAACGUACCACAACCGACGGGGACAGGCGCUUUUGGACAAAAAGCGGACCGCGGCGGGCGUGACCGCGACUCCGGGCGCGACGCGACCCCGCUGCGCAGGCUAUCAGUACCAAUGCUGUCAACGAAUGCAAAAUCAACGUACAUGUCGCUGCGUGCAGCACCUUCGAAUGAGUCGCCGGGCCCGGGGGAUCGGGCGGCAGUGCAAGCGGCUGCGGCUGCAGCGAGGCCUGUCGUCUUGGCUGCGGCUGGCAGCUCUGGGUCGCGGCUGCUAAAUCAGACGUUUCCUCCAAACGGCGGUGGUGGCGGCAAUGACGCGCCUGUCGCGGGCACAAUGCUGAAAGGCGGUGUACAGGUUGUGACACUGGCAGACGGCCACCGCGUAUACGAUGGGACAUUUAAGGACAUCCUCCGCCUGGCGGCCACGGAGGCAAAGAACAACCUAUUAUCAGGCUUGUCAGGACUAGCCUCCCCAUUGGCCUCCCCGCGCACUAAGGACCCCUCGGCAGUGGGCGCAGCAGGAGGCAGCGAGAAGGGCGGUGCAGGGAUAGCUGGCGUGCGACCAGAAGAUUCCCACCAGCAGCAACUGCGGGGGGGUGCCAACAGCACCGGCGGCGCCCAUAAUCUCUCGUCGUUUCUCGCUGGGUCGUCAUUUUUGUCGGGUCUCAAGGAGAAAGUGACGGGAGCUGGUACGAAGGUCAAGGCCUUGGGUACUUUGCCCCCGCCAGGCUACAAGCCUCAGACAACAGGCGAGAAGGCCGCCAAGUUCAAGGCCCAGCUUACGGGAGGCGGGGGUGCAACCCUGUUGGCAGGUGCUGACGGCAAACUUAAGCAGCCGCAUGCGCCUCAGCGCCCACUGGGCCUUACUGGGGGGCAGUCUUCUUUCCUGGGGCGGUCGGAUGGAUUCGAGGCGGGCCGUGCUCCAGGGUCCGGGCUGUCGUCUCACGCUCAGACACCGAGCUUCACGACCCCGAUGGCGUCUCCUGUCACGACGGGAGCAGCCUCAGAAGCGGGGGCAGCUACGGUGUCACCGUUAGCCCCGCUAACCUACCCUCGUGCAAUGUCCGUUGGCGGUGUACAGCACCUGAUGCCGCACCUUAAUGCAGUUGAAGGUGCAGCAGCUGCUGGCGCCGUCAUUGGAAGCGGAGACUCGACGCCGCCGACGAGUGGUGUGCUUCCUGGCCCGGGAUCCGCAUGGUACGCUAGCCCGUCAUGUGUGGCCCCACCUUCGGAUUGGAAUCCCUUUGGAACAGGGUCGGCACCCCCCGCCGCAGUCUCUGGCACGUUGUACAGCGCUGCCAGCAACUGGAGCGUCGGCGGCGUCAAUGGUUCCGUAGCGUCUGCCACGACCUCGCCCUUCGCCAUCUCGGCGCAAACGCCUGCUGGGGGCCCCGUUUUGGCGGCACCUGUUGCUGGCUGCUGUGCCACUUCGGCGGCGGCGGUUACGGCCACAGGCGCCAGCAGCGCUGAUGCUACCACCGCAGACCUUCUGGGUCUGUCGCCAUCGUCGCUCAGCGGUGUCAGCAGCGGCUUGGCUGUUCCGGCGGGUUCGGGAGUCGCCACGUUUGACCCAUUUGCUGCCUGUGAUCACGUGACGCAGGGCAGGUUGGAAUCCGCUGGUAGCAAUGAUUUCGCGGCGUUUGCGUCUGCAUCAAGCCCGCGGGAGUUUCCAGGACUUCCGGCGCUUGGGCCGGCCCCGGUGGUGGGCUAGGCCAGCUGCGGUUGUUUUGUUUAAACUAUAUAACGUGGGUGAAGCGUGCAGGUUUGGGUGAAGACGGGGUUACCGGUGAGGGCGAAGGUUACGGGGUGGGGUCCUGGAGUUGCGGAGCGACAUGCCAACUUCGUGAUGUACUGGAGCGCUUCUAGGUGUGGAUGCGAUAAAUUGUGAUCUCGGCACAACGCCUUGGGCGUUAGGUCAGGACGUUUUCUGUCACGCAGGAUAGUGAAGAGUAGAGCAACACAAGUUGAUUGCCAUGCUGGAUUAUAUUUUGAGGGGGAAAGGUCGCUCUAAAGAGGGUAUCGGGGCUUGGUGAUGCUCUCCGCACGCUUAUUGUCCGAAACAGAGCUCAUUUAGAUGCGAUUGCUGCUCCGAUUAUUCCAUAAGCCUGGUAAUGCGGACGUCUAUG